AACGGGAGCGGGAGCGCGUGGCCAUGGCAGCCCAAGAAGCGGAUUUGGAGUCGUUGGUAACGGGUUUGUACGACGUGCAGGCUUUUAAAUUUGGGAACUUCGUACUGAAGAGCGGGCUCUCUUCCCCCGUUUACAUCGAUCUGCGCGGCAUCGUGUCUCGACCACGUCUUCUCAGUCAGGUUGCAGAAAUUUUAUUCCAAACUGCCCAAAGUGCGGGAAUCAAUUUUGACACUGUGUGUGGAGUACCUUAUACAGCUUUACCAUUGGCUACAGUUAUCUGUUCAACCAACCAAAUUCCAAUGCUUAUUAGAAGGAAAGAAUCAAAGGAUUAUGGUACUAAGCGUCUUGUAGAAGGGGCUGUUAAUCCAGGAGAAACCUGUUUGAUCAUUGAAGAUGUCGUUACCAGUGGAUCUAGUGUUCUGGAAACUGUUGAGGUUCUUCAGAAGGAGGGUUUGAAGGUCACCGAUGCCAUAGUGCUGCUGGACAGAGAGCAAGGAGGCAAAGACAAGUUGCAGGCACAUGGGAUCCAUCUUCACUCAGUGUGUACAUUGUCUAAAAUGCUGGAGAUUCUCGAGCGACAGAAAAAAAUUGAUGCUGAGAUGGUCGAGAGAGUGAAGAGAUUUAUUCAGGAGAAUGUUUUUGUAGCAGCUAGUCAUAAUGGUUCUCUCUGUUCUGUAAACAAAGCUCCCGCUCCCGGAGAACUCAGCUUUGGUGCACGUGCAGAGCUGCCCAGGGUCCACCCAGUUGCAGCGAAGCUUCUCAAGCUUAUGCAAAAGAAAGAGACUAAUCUGUGUCUGUCUGCAGAUAUUUCAGAGUCUAGAGAGCUGUUGCAGCUAGCUGAUGCUUUAGGACCCAGCAUCUGCAUGCUCAAGACUCAUGUAGAUAUUUUGAAUGAUUUUACUCUGGAUGUGAUGAAGGAGUUAACAACUCUGGCAAAACGCCACGAGUUCUUAAUAUUUGAAGACCGGAAGUUUGCAGAUAUAGGAAAUACAGUAAAAAAACAGUAUGAAGCCAGCUACCAGGUUAAAAUGGCUGAAGAGCAUUCUGAGUUUGUGGUUGGUUUUAUCUCUGGCUCCCGAGUAAGCAUGAAACCAGAAUUUCUUCACUUGACUCCAGGAGUUCAGUUAGAAGCAGGAGGGGAUAAUCUUGGCCAACAGUAUAAUAGCCCACAAGAAGUUAUUGGCAAACGAGGAUCUGAUAUCAUCAUUGUAGGCCGGGGCAUAAUAAUGUCAUCUAAUCGUCUGGAAGCAGCUGAGUUGUACCGAAAAGCUGCUUGGGAAGCUUAUUUGAGUAGACUUGGAAUUUGA